UCGAGACAUGAAGUUCGCUGUCCGAUGGGUCAUUUUCUUCGGAAGUUUUAUUUUACAUAGCCAAGUAACAGAGGCUGUAACGAAAUACGCCUGCGUGAGCUACAGUGCUGGAUUAGGCGGGGGAGUGAACGCUGGUUAUGGCGGUAUCGGUGGAGACCUGGAUUUUGGCGGCGUAAGCAGCGCCGAGAUAUCCGCCUCCUCCGAGGAACUGGGUAUGGGAUUGGCAGCUGGAUACGGGACGGUCCAGCACGGAAUAGCCCCAGGCGUUCCCGCUCCGGGUGUUCCACUCCAAAGUAUGUCUCCCGGCAUCUCUCCGCUUGCAGUGUCGUCUGCAGCAGGAGGGCUCUCAGCACAAAACACGGACGCGGGAGGAACAGCUUCCGGUCUACCAAACACUGCAGCUAGUCUUGGAGGGGCUUCACAUAUUACUGGACAAGGUACUAAUGUCGCCGGCACCCAAGAACAAAUGCCAUUUACAAAACUGGCACCUGGACACCCAGGCGUUUUCUUGACAGGAAGUCUUUCUUGUAUUGACCGUCCAGGAACGACUAUUUUGAUUACAAAACUGGUGUAUGGUAAUGGAGGGCUUUACACCUGUUCUUCUCCUGACCAGGAUUGUGAUGUCGUGGACUACAAGGACUCUGAAAUCACACCGUUCUGUGACGGGCAGAUUAAAUGUGUUGUUAGGACCACAGGGAAAUUACUACCCACUUGUAAAACAACCAGUAAUUUUGUUCACAUAGAGUACGAAUGUAUCAAUGCAUGGUCUUCUUUUGACAUUUGCAAUGAUAUCAAAACUGUUGUUAACCAACCGGAAGUAUUCAUCAUGUCACCUAGCUUUUUCCAGUCUGAAUCCCCUCCAACCAAAUUGUGUGAGUGUAUUUUAAAAGGUCGUUACGACAACCGCAUAAUGGCGCAGUAUGUUCAUACAGAUAUACACGAAGGAAACAACCACUCGUGCCCGGAGAGUUAUGUCCUCUUCGAGAAUAAACUAAGCCCCAACCAGACGGAAUCGGAGAAGAAAGUUGAGGUUUGUGGGAGAAGAUCACUCAACAACUACAUGUACAAAGGAGAUCUAAGAAUCACAUUUAAGGACGUGGAUUCAGGAAAAAGAAGCGGGUUUGUUGCCAAGUUACUUGUACCGCCUGCUGGUUUUGGGGUUCAGAAUGAGAUCGCAAUGGAGUGUGGCCCAGUCCGAAUGCCUGGGGACCCAACCCCUUCGCCCAAUAGUAUAAAUAGGAAUUUAAGAAGAAUGCCAGGUCCAUUUGGCCCAUAUGGUCCAAUGGGGGCGAUGAAUCCCCAGUUUCAGCAGUCACCAAGAAUUCCAGCUCCUCCUGUCUUUGAGGGAAUGCAACAGACAAUGCAGCCAAAUAACUGGGGUAUGUCACUACCAGGAAUGCAUCCCGGACCCAAAAACUGGAUGGGACCUACGAACUGGGUCGCUCCGUCGUUUCCUCAAUUUCCUGCUGGCCCGCAAAACUUGCAGUCUUCCCCCACGACAAGCAGUCCUCCCCCAGCUUGGUCCAGAAACCAGAAUCAACCCUCCCAUCACGGGAGGAGGAAAGGACACCAGGUUCAUUUUAUGGGAGGUAGUAGGGGAACGACAGCUGCUCCUCCCAAUAAUUUAAACCCUUACGGAAUAGUUAUGAAUAACAAUAGGAGAGGUCAACCAACGAGGUCAAGGUUAAGAAGCAAAGAGGCUGUUACAAAAAAUGACGAAGCAGAUAACCUGGUCGUCUACGUCAUUGGAGGUAUUGGCGCCAUCAUGGCUGCUUUAUGUACCCUCUUCAUCUCCAUAUACUGCACACGAAGAAGACAGAGGAUUUUAGAAAGACGAGCAUCUCAAAGGUCAGAUUUAGCUAUUGGUACACAAAGCUGUGGAGAGGCAUCAGACGUUUACAACAUAACGGCUUCUGAAGGGGAAUCACAGGCAUCACAGUGCACCAAUACAGGUCUUGUGAAUAAAGCCUUUGUUGAAACCGAGAUAACAUCUUGUGGAGAGAAUGGAAUCGUAGAAAAGUGUCUUGAAGAUGAUGAUAAUUAUCAGUCGUUAGAAGAGAUAGAAGAGGGAAGACUGGCAGAUGAGGAUGAUCCUCUGUCUUUAGAGGUGAAGAUUGACCCCGCUGACCGUGUGAACUCUGAAGGUCGGGAUAAGGAGGAAUCAGCUGAUCAAUCUAAGGAAAAUGCAUACGAUAACAAUGUGUAGAUGAUACACCAAUGAAUUAACAAUCUGUCUUGCAGGAAAUAUUAAAAUGUCAAUAAAUUUCUUUUUUCAUUUCA